AUGUUGGAUGAGAUGUCAAGGGAGGAUGUGUCUUGGACUCCUUACGGGCGAGAUGCUGGCACGGAGGUACUACGCUCUUUGUAUACUGGUGUCAUUCGCUUUGCUGACGUUACUGAGGGUUAUGAUCCUGCACGGAGUCGCCGACAGUUUGGGUACCGACAGACUAUCCCUCGUACGAUGAUGGUUCCCAAGGAUGUGUACCGCCCAUCUUCUUGCAGCACCUACAUCGUUUUCUGGGAGCGUAGCAUGGAUCAGUUAUGGGGCAACUUGCCGUCUCAUUUUCUACACAUAGCGAUUGAUUCUGACUUGUGCGAGUAUCCAUCUGAGGCCGAUGAGGAUUACAUGGACUGGUACCGGACUCGAUCGCACCCACGGAUCAUCAAUCCGGACUCUGGUGGAGUGUCUCUACAGCGGCCAGUGCUAGUCGAUGAGGUUAGUUAUGUCAUAAUUGUUCAAUUUUUAAUGUAUUGUUAA